UUUCAUUAGAGAGAAAUGUCGUGCGAUAGGUUAGACGGAGGCGAGUUUGGCACAGUGAUUUAAGACAUGUUAUCGUAGAUCUCAGAUUUCAUCCGUAGCCAACAAAAGUUCACAAGAACACACUGUGCCUGACGUGCUAUCGCCAACUACGGCAGUCAGGAUCGCUUUAUUUGUAAUCACUUGAACAGAUGUACUACCGCCUAAAUCCAGACAGCCGUCUAAUUUACUGUUUAGCGAGCAAGUCUUUCACAUUACACAUCACUGUUGCUAAUUAAACAGAUUAUCAACUUACGGAGUUCCGGCCGAAACGUUUUCAAAGUCCAUUGUUAAAGGCAGGAAGAGUAUACGACACUUAAAAUUGGUAAUUAACAUUCGGGAUUGAUACUGAUACACUAAAGUGCCACGACACUUCUUAUCGCCUUUAUAACAUCUGAUGCCGCCUAGUACACAGCUUGAGUCACAAUACGGAACUUUUGAAAUCGACGAAGCGAAAUUGAGCGUUGUUACGAUACACAUGUGCUCUACAUUCGAAACGAAAUAAGAACACGUCACACGUUAGUACUUGAUUGAAAUAUAAGUUACAAUCGUACCUUGGGAAACGUUGAGUUGGCGACGUACAGGUGAACAUUCAACUGAAGAUAUCGUGGGACACAUAAUUUAAGGAGCCACUACAGGGCGUGUCGGAAGAAUAGGAGAAAAAGAGGGGUCCGGAAUUUGACCAACGAUGAUGAAGGAACCAAAGAAUACAAAUUCGUUUGGUGUUGUACAUUUUCAACCACAUAACACAGACAGUGGCGAGAUCGUGCUAGAUAUUGAAUGUGGAGAAAAAAUUGCUAUUCUUUACAAGGAAAAACUUUGUCUGGGAAGUAAAGGAAAGUGUAUCUUACAUGAAGAAAGAUGGUUGACGCCGAACGAAUUUCAGUUUAUCAGCGGCAGGCAGAGUGCCAAAGAUUGGAAACGCUCCAUACGACAUGGCGGAAAAAGCCUGAAGGUUCUGAUAACGAAGGGCUACCUAACCGUGCACGCUAAUGGAUGCGAGUGUACCAGCGGGGCACCACACAGGGAAAAGGACGCCAAUAAGGGAAAGAAAAACAAAGCAGUAACAUUUGCGAUAAAUAAGGAGAUCGAACGAGACGAGCUUCGAUUAAGUGAUGCAGAUGAAGAGAUAACCGACUAUGUAACAAGACAGGAAGAUAAUGGAGUCGGGGGCGAAUUUCGUAGUCCCAGUCCAGCUGAAACACACGAUCAGUUCAGCCAACUUAACAACGAUUCAAAAUCUCCAAAUGUAUUGAAAAACAACAGAUUGUCUUUGGACAGCAUAAUUGAUCGUCUUCGCACGUCUAAAGGCAUAGACGACGGCGAGGUGAAAGACGCCGAGCACACGAAGCCUGUGUUUACUGCUGAAUCUCAGACCAGGCGUGAAAACAACAAUACAUCACCUCCAUCACCUCAGAUGCAGAUUCAGAACAAACGUCCAGCAAUAUUGUCCAGUGAGCAAUCGCUAAAAAGAAGACGCAGCCAGGAGGAACAUUUAUCUCGGCAUCAUGCUCCAUCUCCCGAGAUCAAACGAGAAAUCAGAUAUAACGGUAAAUACUCUGAUGUUUACCUUACUGAAGCUGAACAAGAGGCGCUUGCUUACAAAGCCCGGAUGAUAGCCUACCAGUCCCACUUACACGAUGCAUUAACUCGCCCCAGCAAACGUUCACGACCCAACAAACGAGUGAACAACAACCGAAAGAACGACCAUAAUCCAAGAUGGCAGCUUCAGGGUAAAUGUGACGUUGUAACCAAAAAUGGAUACACCUUUCAACGAGAAAAGGUCAUUGCCCCUAGUAUGUUUUACGACAAUAACGUUCCUUAUAAUAUCAAUGGACAUUUCAAGACUGCUGAAUAUCAACACGAGGCAAUCGCGAGCGCUGUCCCUGACUUCCACCAGGUUGAACAUCUGGAAGCGGCAAAUAGACCAAUAGACCUUCGCAAAUCGAACACAGUUGACUCGCCACUUGAUCUUUCCAAAAGAGGGUCUCCAACCUCAAGCUCAUCUUUGCAAGAACAAGACGAUACCAUAAAACAAAAAGCCAGUGAUUGUAAAGAUGUCGCACUUGCUCCACUUGAUCUCAGCACAUUUAAAAGUUAUUGCGCUCAUCACAUACAAAAUCUGAAAGAAUACGGCAGGAAUAAACGCCAUUACAUACCUUCGUGAAUUAUGGACUUAUCUAAAAGCAAUAAGGCUUAAUGAUAUAUAACUUAAUGAUAAGUAGCAUAGUUAACCUUUAGCGACUGUAAUAAGUUAAUGUAAAUUAUGUUGAGUAGUUAAAUAUAUACUGAUCUUCAACCAAUAUAUCAAUCGUUUUGAAUGAGUUUAACCAGGUGUGAAAGAAAUGAUGGUCCC